AUGGCAGCACUAUCAUACCUAUAAAAUCGGUUGCAAGAAGUUGAAGUAAUACUUAUAUUGUGCAUAACUAUUUGGAUUUAUUUAAAUGAUAUUCACUCAGUAAUUUUUAUAAUUCGAACAACUUUAUAAAGCUUUACUUCGUCGGUCAUGAAUCAAGGCAGCGAUUGUGUCACCUUGAUUAUCAAGAAAGACGAUCAUUUUGUACUAGUGCAAUCGAAAAAUUACAAGGGAUGGUGGUUUCCCUUUAAAGAAAUCACGCCGCAAGAAAACUGGUACAUAGCAGCAACAAAAUUAGCUACUACACUCUUGGGAACUUGCUUUACAGUCCAAGGUAUAUUUUCUAUAAACAGGAUGCAACUACGCCCCAGUGAUAAAGCAUACAUUAAUGUGAUCUAUAUAAUCGAGUUAGAUACUACACUGGAAAAUAUAAUGGACAUCUGUGACGAAAGUAUCCGUUGGUUUACCUUGAAGGAUAUUGAACUCUUAGCCAAAGAAGAGACUGGACUCAAGGGUUAUGAACCGGUUGAGCUAAUGCAAUUACUUCAGAAAGAUCCUACUGUUUUAAAAAACAAUCUUGUUAAAGAAAUUGGAAUCAAUGGACAAUUGCCAUCAAAAUCCCAUUUGUCAAAAUCACAUCACGAAUUAUUUGAAUCUGCUGGUUUUGGCAUUCAGGAACAAAAGUUUCUCUUUAGUGAUUUUUUACAAUGUUGUUAUCCGUCACAUACGAUGAACAAAAUUUUGUUUAAAGAAUUUAUGUUAUCUCUAGGUUGGAAAGAAGACGAUUCUUUAGAUAGUAUUUUUCGUGCUUUCGAUAUUGCUAAUAAAGGACUUCUCUGCUUCAACGAUGUCCUGAUGGGAUUGGCUGCCAUGGAACCUUCCACUCAACAUGGCGGUCCUCCUGCAGAAAUCCGUUGCCGUUAUAUUUUUAGAUUUUAUGACUCUGAUAGAGAUGAUAAAUUAGAUUACUCUGAAUAUUUCCAAAUGGUCAGCGAUAUUCAACGAUUAAAGGGACUUCCGGUGGAUGAAGAUAGUUUAAAAGAAAGUGCAGAAAAUGGAAUGAAAGUUUUCGGGAUUGAAAAAAGUAAAACGCUUCUUUUAAAUGUUUUUUUAUCCGCAGUCGGACAGCUUAAGUUUCGAGGAACCUCGUUACUUUUUCGCUUUCCGACAGCCAUUAUUCCUACCGUGAGAAACAAGAGACACCUCGAUGGUGAACGUACAAAAUGCAAACGUCCAAAGUUAAGUGAUAGCAUAAAACCAACAAAUAAAACAGAUUAUUUCAAGUUUGACAAUUUGGAACAAUAUUGUGAUUCUGCCAUUAAAGGAAACGAUUGUUACGAAUUGGCAACACAUUCUGUAAAAGUUCGUCGCACUGGCACACUUAUCGAUGUCUCUUCCUUAUGGGAACUGGAAGGAACUGCUGCAAUGUCAAAAGAUGCAAGAAUCAGUGAACAACUUAGAUUUGAAAGAUUGUCAUCUGUGGAUUCUUUUAAUCAAAAAUCUCAUGCCAAUGAAAUGUUAACUGGUCUGAGAUAUUUUGAGCGACCGGUUAAGAGGGAAAGUGCUACAAAUGGUGCCAAAAUAAUUGAAAAAAAAGCAUUAGACUGGGGUAAAGUUGAUCACAAAGCUCUUGCUCAUUGUCUUUUAAUCAUAUGUCAACAAGCUCAACAAGUAAUGGCUAAAGAACCAAGACUUUUAUGUUUGAAUUCUCCCACAUACAUUCUUGGAGAUAUCCAUGGGAAUUUUCAUGAUUUGAUAUGCUUUGAGAAAGCAUUGUGGAGAAUGGGUCCAUUAUUAACACCAAGUAAUUUUUUAUUUCUAGGAGAUUAUAUAGAUAGGGGUGAAUAUGGUGUUGAAGUGAUUGCUUAUUUAUUUGCGCAGAAGAUUUUAGCACCAGAUAAAUUUUUCCUGCUGAGAGGAAACCAUGAAAUACGCAGUAUACAGAAAAUGUUCAGUUUUUAUUCAGAAUGCAUUAAGAAAUUUGGAGAAGUUCUAGGAAAGGAAAUCUGGGAAUCAGUCAAUGAAUGUUUUGAUGUUAUGCCUAUUGCUGCAGUUGUUGAUGGAAAAGUAUUCUGUGCACAUGGGGGAAUUCAACCUCCUUGGCUUGGAAAUGGUUUAAUUUCUUCAAUAAAUGAUAUUCCAAUUCCACUUCCUAAUCCAGAAAAAGAAAGUCCUCUAGCUUGGGAAUUAAUGUGGAGUGAUCCAAUUCGUGUAGAUUGUAUCUCAGAGAAAAAGAAAGAAGAAAUGUUAGAAAAUGAUGGCUUUAUAGAAAAUAUGAACAGAGGUACAGCUCACAUGUUUAGUGCAGAAGCAUUGGAAACAUUUCUUGAUAAAAAUAGUCUCUCUCAUGUUGUACGAGCACAUGAAGUUCAACAAGCUGGAUUUCAAGUACAACUCAAAGGAAAAUUAUUAACUGUAUUCUCAUCAUCUCAUUAUUGUGGUGGUUCUAAUGAAGCAGCAUGUGUUUUGGCAGACAGAUUAAAAUUACGGACCAUUUGUUUGGAUACCACUUAAGUCCUCUAAGUAAUAUUCUUUAAAAGAAUAUAUUGAUUUUUAAUGUUGUCAUCAUCAUCAUAGUUGUUCUAAUUAAUGUUAUUGAGAGAUUUUAAAGUAUCAUUAUCAUACUGGUAAAAAUGCUUCAAUGAUAUGAUUAAUGUUAUCAGACUUAUUAUUUAACAUAAAAUUACAUCAUAAUUGCAGAAUAUGUAUUUCUUAAAUGAUUCAAUAUUUUUUUCUAGUCUUAAAGCUAUUAUUUGAGAGUAUAUACAUAAAAUUUCUGGGAUCAUUUUUGAUGACAACUGAAUUUCUAUUCCAGUUUUCUUCAUUUCAGUAUCAUAUUAGAAAUUCAUUUAAAUCUCAUUUUAUUAUCUGUGGAGAGUUAUUCUUAUCUGAUGUAUAAUAUUAGAAAGUUGUGUAGAUACAAUUCAACAAAGAUAGAAAGAUUUUAAAAAACAGUUUGAUUUUAUAUUUGUUGUAAAAUGAUUCAUUCUGUGAUAUGUAAUUAUUAGUAUUUAAUAUCAAUUUCAAAAUAUUUGUUGAAUGUGACUAUGUUUCUAUCAUUAACAUAAACAAAUAUUAAGCAGAAAUAUAUAUUCUGAAAAAUUUAAAUGAAAUGCAUAAAAGUUGCUUUUAUAAAAUUUUAUAAGGGACCAAGUUACCUAAAGUGGAAAAAAAAUUCUAGUCAUUAUAUGCAUUAUGAUUCUUUUAAAAUUUAAUUAUAUCCUUGAUAGUUAACUAUUGAUACUAAUGUUUGGAAAUUUUCAAAAUAAAACAUUUCCGUCCACUUUCUUCUCGCUUACUUACAGUCAACUUUCAUCAUGCAUAUCAUAAUACAAAAGAUCAUCUUCAUUACUAUAAGUCUUGUAUAAAAUCUUGUUCCUAAAUAUUUUUUAUAUAUUUUUAUUAGAUAAAAAAAAAAAAAGGUAAGAUACAA